ACUGUGAAUGAGGCCCGGGAAUGUUUGGCGUCUAUGAGAACAUACAUUAAUUUGUCAGUGGGCGGACAAGGGACUUUAACCUGCCGCUGUCUUCUCACAAUGUUAUCUCUUCUAUUUCUCGGACAUUUUGAAACCCGACCAAACUUCACCCCUAGCGUACGUGACUAUGGAUGAUUUCAAAUGAACAUUGUAUCGCAGGGAGGAGGCUACAGUGUCUCACCUUUCAGCAUGAACUGAAGUGCACAGCAGAAGCACACCUCAGACUCAGCGUCCUUCACACCUGGGAAACAGCAUUCAGCACACGUGAAGAGUGAAUACAAGCCGACUCGGGAUACUUAUCUGAAACAUACUUACAGACGACACAAAUUCAUUUUUUGUUUGAUCAGAGAUGGGCGGUGUGGAGAGCAUCCUGAGGGACCAAGGCUAUACUGUGCUGGGAGAGAAGGACGGGAAAUAUCUGGUCCAUUUAAAAGAAGGCAAACGCUUCCUUGUUGAACAGAUUGAAAAAGAUAAGCAUGUGGAGGAAUGUUUAAAAUGCCCAGUCCACGCCCACAUUGUGGAAACCCAGUCAUUUGAAGCAAGAGGGAAAAUCUAUUUAUUGAUGGAGCAGUGUUCAGGUGGAACUUUGUACGAGAAAAUUCAAGCCCAAAAAAUGGACAAUGUGCCAUUUUCUGAGGAAAAGGUCAUGGCUUGGUUUACCAAGAUUUGUAUGGCCUUGGAACACUUGCACACCGAUGGUAUCACUCACAGACUCUUAAUAAGUCAGAACAUUUUCUUCACUGGAUGUGGAACUGUCCGUUUGGGAGAGACAGCAGAGCUUCAUGAAAGAGCUCGGGUAGAGAAGCCAAAACACACCAAUGCAAAGCAACCUCCAGAGGUUCAGGAAGGAAGACCAUACACCCUCCACAGUGAUAUUUAUGCAUUGGGAUGUCUGCUGUAUGAAAUGUGCACGUUGAAGACCUGUGUUCAAGUAAAUACAGAUUUAAUUGCUUCAAUCCAGUGUGGUUCCAAGGAUUGGCUAAUAUACUUUUCUUCAGGCUUCCGGAGCCUACUCGCUGAUAUGCUUCAUCCCGAGCCAGAGUGUAGGCUGUCAGCGUUGGACAUUCUGAAAAAAAGAAUCGUUUUUGCACACAUCACUUCCCAGGUUGGGGAAAUUCUACAGGAGGUUAAAAUCAGUUUGGGAAAGCUGAAAGAACUGGCAGACAGUGCAGAAAACGGUAACGCCACCAUGCUGUUAGGGUUUAUUGGAGCUGUCGUGUGUUUUGUCCUGGUCCCAGCCACUCUGGGUGCCUCUCUGAUCGGGUGGGGGGUCAGUGCGGCAGUCGCUGUCAACAACAGAGGAAAUCAGAAAACCAUUUUCCAGGAGAUUAGGAGCAUCAACAAAGAAUUACCGGAGAAAACAGACUGUGUGGACAUCAGUAUCCAGCACCUUAUCAAAAGUAUUCAGUUGAGAAGAUCAGGGGGAGGCAGGGGGAAUCUGGUUGUUCAACAGCACAUGAUGAAAAGAAUACUUACCUCUAAAGCUGAAAUUAAAUUUGAAAAUGUUGAAGAGGUCAGACACACAACAACGACUUUGCAGGAUUGGCUGGAUAACAGAAGUAAUAUAAUUGACUUGGUCUCGAUUAUUGGUAACUAUCAGUAGAAUGCUAGUAUUGUGGGGUCAGAUGUGUCUUGAGUGCAGUGUGUCAUGAGUUCAUCCUCUGGAGGCAGUGAGUAGAAAUUGAGCGCUUAAUGCAUGUUGAAACAAUGAUAUGCCUACUUGGACCUCAUCCUCUAUGACCAACCCCUCUGCAUUUCCUUGUGCUUUAGUUCUAUUUGGUCUUUCAGCUCUGCCUUAAGGAGGCAAUCAGGUUGCUUUACAGAAUGUUAAUCCUGUCAACCAUGUUCAGUCCACAUUUUAUUAUGACUGUCUCCAGAUGUACAUAUUUUAAUAUAUAGAAUGUCUAAGCAAAUAUAAACAAUUAUUUUUUUAGAACUGAAGCAUUCAAUUAGUUCAAUUGUGUUGUGGUUGCUGUUUGCUUAGGUGGAUAAUUUGUGUUUGAGACACAAAUGCAUUUAUAAAAGCAGCAUAGGUUUUGUAGCUGUAUGUAUAGGCGAUGGUCUUCAUUUUGUCACUACUUUUGGGAGAGGGUAGAUGAGAGACACUGAACCACCAUGAACUGCCACCCUUCCACCGUCCUCAUUUUAGCCUUGAGGAUGAGGCAGUGAUGAGAUUUGACGGCAGACUUAAGUUGGAAACAAUAAAUCCCAAAUUAGAAACGGGAAAAUAUAAAAAUAUGGAGCAUACAAAUAUGGUGCCUCUGUGACUCCUUGCCAGGGUACUGCCUAGCCUUCAGCAUCUACAGUACACAGGGAAACUGACACGGAUAGAAAAGGGCUGGUCUACAGGGCUGUGAUGGACCUGAUGAGAAGUUACUUGGAGGCUUUAUCAUGUGUAUGCUGAUCAUUUUUCUUUUCUUUCAUACCUCUACUUCAGGAUUUGCUCCAGAAUAAAACAUACUACUGUGUGACCAUUAGGACAAAUAUGAAAAGCUGUCCAGAACAUAUACUGUUAUGUUUCUAUUCUCUGACACUCUUACACAUGCAUGUGCCCACACACAUAGAGAAACACACACACCAUCCACACAUGAUCACAUUGGUACAGACACCCCCGAACACCACCACCACCACGACCUCCGCCCCCACGCACACACUUGUUGAGUCUAUUUAUAAUCUUUAUACUCUGAAAGUGGUAUAUACCUUUUCACACACUGGUAGUCAUUUUAUACUUUUUAUACUAAUUUCACAAAGUGAGUCAUGAUUGUCUUGCAUUUUAAUAUAUACUGUACAUUGUACAAAUCACAUACUUACCAGACAUAAAUCUGGUAAAUAGUAAUUAUGAAUCAUUGUAACCACUAAUGACCAAGAAUAACUUUUGUAUCCUGUUUCAUGCUGAAGACUAUUGAUGGCACAUUGAUUGAACACAAUGAUUUUUAAUGAAAAUGUCAAAGUUCAAGGCUAAAUGCUAUGCUGACUGGCCAAAUAAAAAGUUCAACUAAA